GGUACAAUGAUGUCAAGCUUGCAGCAGAGUGACUACUCUGCCGUGAGCGGCCCCGCCCCUUGUGGUCGUCAUAUAUCACCCACUGAUAGACGGUCAACAACAGCCUUGUAGCCCUCAACCUCACGAUCCAAAACGUGUUUCGCGUGGGAAUCUCCUAGAAGCGACGCUACACCCAUCGAUACACGAAGCAAAGUCUCUGCGGCCAGUGGCUUUCUCGACGGUCAGGUCACAAUGGCGAAACUAACGCCACUGUCUUCUCUCCGCGUAUCCCGCCACUUGAUCCCAGCGUGGGACAUGAUUCCAAACACAAGCAUACAGAACCGGCCCCUUCUGAUCUACCACGGCGUCUUCCCGGCCGCAACACCGCCCAGCGCGGUUGAGGCACACCUCGCCCGCGUGGGCGUCGUGGAAGCCCAGUGGCGCUCCACCAUGUACGACACGACGCACUUCCACAGCAACACGCACGAGGUGCUGUGCGUGACGCGUGGCCGCGCGCGGCUCUGCUUCGGCGGCGAGGACAACCCGGGCCGAGUAGAGCCCGUCGUCGAGGGCGGCGACGUCGUCAUCGUGCCGGCUGGCGUCGGGCACCGCCUGCUCGACGACAUGGGGUCGUCGCAGGGCGGCGGCGGCGGCGGCGGCGGCGGCGGCUUCCAGAUGGUGGGCAGCUACCCCGUCGGCGCGCCGGCAUGGGACAUGUGCUACGGACGGGAGGGCGAGAAGACGAGGCUCGAGGGUAUCGGGAAGCUGGGCUGGCUGGAAAGAGACCCCAUCUACGGUGACGAGGGACCCGUUUUGAGUGCGGAGACGUAGCAGCAGCAGCAGCAGCAGCAGGGGGAUGCUGAUGGAAGCUGCAUUGGCUAAUGGGGUCGGUGGCACAGCAGACGACGACGACGGCCACAUGCAUCUGUGUGGGCUCUUGCUGCUCCCUCCAUCCUGCGCUCUGCAGGGGCAGGGGCGCGGCAGCACCAAUGUGGGAGCAGAUGCGGUGCGCGGAAGUGCGAGUUGCAUUUCGCGUGCAUCACCGCAGUGGACGUGUGUGGCCAUUUGAUGCGACGAGGAGCAAACGCCGAACCGAGGUGCGUAUGACUUCUGCAAAGGGGAGGCCACACGAUACGACGGCGGGAGGAGGCUCCUUUAACCCGCCUGAGCAGCGCUCUUCCGCCGCCGGACCACCAGAAGACGCAAGGCGAGGAGCAGGUUGAAGGGAGAAGGGCGCCCGUGAGAGGGACCUGACGCGGAUCGAUUGGGAGUUGAGUCAAGACAGCCCGCCAAGCAGCAUCAUAUCAUCAGGGCGUCAUGCUGCCCGCUCGUGUAACCAACAUUACUACGUCCUCGGCCUAGACGACGCAACUAUCCGCUCGCACGUGCCUGGGUCUCCCUCCUCGACGUAAGCGAGAGGGCCAUGUUGCACGUACUGACCGGCUCUGCAUCGCUCUCGGUGCUCGCAGGCGCCAUGUCUUCUCAUGGGCGGAUUGGGGAUGAGGGCGGCGGACUCGACCUGCCUGCGGUGGAGGUGGCGCUGAGCCCUGGUCGGGUACCACAUCAAUGUGAUGUUUUGGGAGUUGGCAGCAGUUGCGGUGUGCCCGAAACGAAGACAUUGCGACGCCUGUACGUGCUGUACUUGGCACAAUGGUCAUAAGGUCAUAAAAACCAUGAUAUUUGUCAAACGGUCUCUAAAUGUGUCUUUCAAUUUGGUCAGAG